AUGAUUAAAAGUGAUGAAGAGUACAGAGGGGAUUUCAGGGUAAAAACGCCAUUGGAAGCGGAACAAAGAAAAAGAGACAGACCACUAAGCUCUUACUUUGAUUCACCUUGUGACAGGACAACAGACGACGAAUUGAGCGCAGGGUCGCCAAUCUUGAACAAAGCAGCAUUGAGAAAUAUUUCCAACUUGGUAUUUCCUAGUAUGAAGAAGUGGACAGCCAAGGGUAUUACAAGAUCUAUGACGGCGGUAUCAGAAACUUCAAAAUUCUUUACCAGUGCAGCAUCUCCUAAAAAACUGAUCAAAGAAAAUACAGUUAGCGCUGGGCUGGGGAAUAUGUGCCAGUCUGUGUCCAAGCAGGGUUCGCUCAAAGGUACUGAAGCUAGAAAUCUUGAUAUCUUUGAGAAACCUGACGAUAACGAAAGCGAUGUGGUCGAAAAUGACGCCGUGGGAUCGCCUACUCAAAUUAGGCAGUCCAACAAUAUACAUAGAGAAUUCCGCCGAACGCACUCCUUGUUUCAAACAACUAAGGAAAAGGAAGGAUUUUUCAUGGAAGACAACUGUCACUUGCACAAAACGUCCAUUAAAACAUUUAAAGUUGAUGACGAUUUACUUCCAAGGAUCGACGAAGAUGAGAUGAUUAGUAUUAUGAAAGGUCAUCAUAAACAUGAAUUUGAUGAGGUUAUCAUAGUCGAUUGUAGGUUUAGCUACGAAUUUGAAGGAGGGCAUAUUGACGGUGCCAUCAACAUUUCCUGUCAGAAAGAAUUGGAAUCAAAAUUCCUUGAAAGGUCAAAGAUAAACGACAAGAAACAAUUACUUGUAUUCCAUUGCGAAUUUAGUAGUUUUAGAGGUCCGAACAUGGCUAAAUACUUAAGAAAGUGCGACAGGCAAAUCAACAGUCAUGAAUAUCCUAAAUUAUCUUAUCCAGAUAUUGUCAUUCUUUCUGGAGGUUAUAAAAGGUUUUUCGACAAGUUUAAAUUGUUCUGCAUUCCACAAGGCUAUGUUGAAAUGAAUGAUGUGAAUUAUCAAGAAAGGUGUGAAUCUGAAAUGAAUAAAGUGAGACAAGCAAAUAAAUUAACGAGGACCAAAUCACAAAAUUACUUUUUUCAUAAUCAUUCGCUUGCGAAUACACAUGUUCGAUCACAUUCUUACUCCACAACUACUUCUCAUACGCAAAAUUUGAAGAUAUUGAAAAGGCACAAGUCGAGUUUAAGCGGCGCUUCUUCUUCAAGGUUAAAAUGCUCAUCCAUUUCUUCGGAUCAAUCUAUAUUUAACAAGUCCAAUGAUGUAUAUGCACCCGUACCUGGAAGUGAAAAUGUAUCUGCAACAACUUCGGUGGAUGACUUGGUUCCUCCUUUUUCUUCAUUUGGUCCUGACCACAGAGGUUUCUACUCCUAUGCAAGUGAUGCUUCUUCGUCCUCAUUCUCAAUGGACUCGUCAUCUUCAGUGGGCAUUGACACGGCCAACUCCUCUUCUGAUUCCUUGAUUUCACCUACAGACGAAUAUGACAUUAAGUCUUCAAAUUUGACAGCCUAUAUGAGAAACUUAGCAACAUCAGGAAAUAAUCAAUCUUGUGGACAUGUUCCAAUAAAAUCAUCUGUGUUGAAUCCAAUGUCAAGGAAACCUCUCGGUUUACCUCCAGCAUUACCUAGAAGCAAAACUUUGGCAGUAAGUUCUAAAGGUGGCAAAGGCACCCUAAUUCCCGUUCAAAACCUGAAAAAUUCGCCUAUUUCGUCAUUCAAAUUUCCAAGCACCAAGUCAUGUACAAACCAAAUGAAUGUAAGUACGAUUUCUAAGUCUACGGGUAUAUCAGUUACUUCACCAACUAUAAGUUCUCCGUUGUCGACAAUGGAACCUAUUGCGACCAAUGAGUUAUGCUUAAAUGGGAAGGAAUCUUCUAUUAUUGAUCCAAUUAAUGAGGUUCCUGUUGACUUUUCAGUACCCUAUCCUAAUAGCGUUAAGCUAAACUCAGGUCCCAGAUCAUUGCUCUCCUCAGGUAGAGAAAGCUAUUUUAAUGAAUAA